CCUUACACCAGAUUCGAUUCUGCAUCAUCGCCUCACCGAGGGAACGAUGGAAUCGCCGUAACUCCAAAUGUUGAUCUCCUAGGCCUCCGAGUUCACAGUGCACGUUUUAUUUAGAUGUCGGAGUUGGGUCUUCUCCUCGAAUUCCUUCUCCUAUUCUUUGAUAAAUUUUAUUACAGAAGUCUGAGGAAAUGAGCCACUAAUGGAAGCUACAGAAUCAAGGCCAGCUCGGCAGCGCAUUGCAAGCCGUUGCCUAGUCCAGGAAGAUGCAGAAGGAGCUCCAAGGUUGGCUUGCUGUCCAUCAUAUACCUCGGUGAACAUUCUGGGCUAUGAGAAUACUGCAAUCGCACAAGAUUAUCAUGUCCCGGAAUUCAUGCCAUCAAACAGGAACCCCAUGAAUCCUAAUCUAUCUCCUGAAACAAAAGGGCGGCUUCAGCUCCAACCCAUUGUUGGGUGCCUGAAGGAUUUUACUUGUGAGCAACUAAGUUCCAUAGAAUGGGAAGUUAUCGAGAAGUAUACAGAAACUGCAGUCCCAACAUCAAAGUUGGAUGGGGGGGGGGGGUCUUUGCCAGUUAACUUUAUUAAAUUUGUACUUAAAAGGGAAGAUCUGACGCCUUGGUCUGGGUGUAAUAAGCCUGAGGGAUGGUGGCAUAUUGCAGAUAAAGAUGAUUUGGCUUUGUUGGUUGCCCAAAAAUCACUGCAGCAUAUUGAAAAUUGUGAUCUGCCCGAACCCACCCAGACAGUUCAUUAUAUGAAGGACUUAUUUUCUUCUAUUGAGAAUUUGGAUGCUAGUGAAAUAAUUCAAUCAUCAUUUGGCAUAUACAAUGCCAAUGAGUAUUCACAUGAUUCGUGUUCUAGUGGGAGUUCUGAUGACAUGAAUUUGCCUUUUGGUAAAAGGGGCUGUUUAUUGCAUGAGUCAGAGAAAUUGUACAGGCAAGGGGCUGUUCAGCUCUUACUCUGUUUUAUCUUUCUGCAAGUUCUUAUGUUGUUUCAUCACACUGCACGGUAUCAUAUUUAUAUUCUCCUUAGUUUUAAUAAAUUCAUCGGUAAUUAUGUGCAUUAACUGUUAACCUAAGUUCCUUAUCUAU